UAACUCUCUUUCGUCUCAAUUCUCCCUUCAAAUCUCCAUUUUCACAACCCUAUCUGUAUAAUCACUUCACCACUAACAAUAAAGAUGAAGCGCAACUGCAACUUGGAACUUUGCCUUCUUCCUUCUUCCUCCUCCUCCUCCGCCGCCGCCUCAGAGCCCGAGUACGGCCACCCCCACCACCUCCAAAACAUAAGGGAUCAAGAAUCAAGUUCAAGCCAGCACAGUAGUCAACCGUCUCAACAGUUAACGAUUUUCUACAAUGGAAGGGUUUGCGUUUGCGAUGUGACAGAGUUUCAGGCGAGGAACAUUCUAUUGCUGGCGAGUAGAGAAAUGGAAGAGAGAGUAAAAACGGCGACGGGAUCAGAACGGGCGUCACCACCUCUACCGUGUCAAUUAUACAGGCCGUCGUCUUCAACUUCUGGUCUUUCCAUGAAGAGAUCUCUUCAACGUUUCUUGCAGAAGAGAAAGCACAGGGCUUUAGCAUCUCCAUAUGGGCAUUGAGUGAGAGUUUUGUAUUGAUUAUUAGUGGGUAAUUAAUUUCACAUUUCAGUUAAUAUAUAUAUUGAAGAUGAGAAGUUAUUAUCAGGGCUUGUAAAUUCAUUAAUUAAUAUGAGAGGAGAUUUGGCUUUAA